UGCAAAAGAUGAGAAUACCACAAAAGACAAUGAAGUAACCAAUCAUUCUGUGUGUGACCAAGAUCAUCCCAAUGGACAAGAGAAUGAUUCAAUGAAGAAUGAAAUAAAAAUUGAGGCAGAGUCACAGAGCUCAUACAUGGAAACAGAAGAGCUUUCAUCAAACCAAGAAGAUGCCACGAUUGUGGAGCAACCUGAAGUGAUUCCACUCACAGAUGACCAAGAAGAAAAGGAGGGUGAAAAAGCUCAAGACGAGGACACGCCUCGAGUUUCUGUGAAAAGGGAAGGUUCCUGUGACACAGAAAACUCUACAAGUGCUGAUGUUGAAAUGAAUAGUCAGGUUGACAGUGUAAAUGACCCAACAGAGAGUCAGCAAGAAGAUUAACUAAUAGGGGCACAAGAUGAAACAAAGGAACAAAGAAAUGGAAGUAAAUGCCAGUCUUCAGCAUCACAGUCUCUCCUGGUCCUGGGGGAGAGUGGGAAGACAGCAGCACUGGCUGUGGAGGGUGGGGGUGGGGGGAGGCAAGUGCUGCAGAAGGACCAGGAGUCUUUGCUCUAAUUUCUCCAGCUGCAUUUUGUUCUGUUUACAUGCAGAAGAAGAA